GCAGGAAGUGACGACUGUGACCACGAGCGUGACGAACGGCUUGUUCGAAAAUACAACAAGGAAGUGACAGUUAAUUGUGAAAGACAAUAAACGGCGGAUAAAAACUGUCUCCAUACCGGGGGUCCCUUCGCUCGCUUGUCGGUUGUCGGGGGAGGGUUAAGUCGGCGUGGACUUGCCCGGGAGCCCGUUUGUGCUCGUUACAAGGAUUUCUGCUUGUAGCCAGCUAGCUAGCUAGCGAUGAACACGGACGUGGAAUUUCACAUCAGGCAGAACUAUCCUUGGAACAAGCUCCCCGCUAACGUCAAACAGAGUUUGGGGAACUCUCAGCGAGAGUAUGAGAAGCAUGUGCAGCUCUAUAGCAUCCGCAACCAGCUGCGAUUCCGCAAUAACCUAGUGCGGCAUGUGAGGAAGGACGAGCGCAAGUAUUAUGAGGAGCUUCUAAAGUACAGCCGGGACCACCUGAUGCUGUACCCGUACCACCUGUCUGACAUCAUGGUCAAAGGCCUGCGAGUCACUCCCUUCUCAUAUUACAUAGGAAUCAUGGAGGAUAUUAUGAACAGUGAGAAGAGUUACGACUCCUUGCCCAACUUCACUGCCGCAGACUGUCUGCGGCUGCUUGGCAUUGGGAGAAACCAGUACAUUGACCUGAUGAACCAGUGCAGGUCGUCUAAAAAAUUCUUCCGCAGGAAAUCGGCACGGGAUCUGCUACCAGCGAAACCAGUAGAGAUCUCUGUGGAGCCAUGGUGGGUAGCUCAGACUGGCUACAUCACUGAGGAUGAUAUCAGGAUCUGUUCUCCAGCUGAGAAGAAAUCUAUUGAUAAGAUGAUAGAUUCUGGUCCUCAGCUGGCUGGUUCAACUGAGUACAAUGUCGUCUUAAGCUUGUACAACCGAGGCUUCAUUUACUUGGAUGUUCCCAUAUCUGAUGACAGCUGCAUCUCCGUGCCCCCGCUGGAAGGCUUUGUUAUGAACCGUGUCCAGGGUGAUUACUUUGAAACGCUUCUCUAUAAAAUCUUUGUGUCCAUUGAUGAGCAGACAAAUGUAGCAGAGCUGGCGAAUGUGCUGGAGAUUGACCUGGACUUAGUGAAGAAUGCAGUGUCCAUGUACUGUCGCCUCGGCUUUGCUGUCAAGAAAGGUCAGGGUUUCAGCUCUGACCUGCUCCACCCAACCUGGAAGAACGCUCCUUCGGUCAACAGACUCAAGAGCACCAUGGACCCUCAGAAGAUGCUGCUGUCCUGGGAGCAGGGCAGUCCGGUUAUGGAGGGAGGCUCCUCUGCCACUGACACUGAUACCACCAGUCUGGAAGACCAAGCUGACACAGCCAGCGUUAGCAGCCUGAGCAUCCCAGCUGCACCCACCAAGAGGAUUGCCUUUCUCUUUGACUCAACCCUUACAGCCUUUCUCAUGAUGGGCAACCUGUCUCCGAACCUGAAAAGUCAUGCGGUCACCAUGUUUGAGGUGGGUAAGCUGUCUGAUGAGACUCUCGACAGCUUCCUGGCUGAGUUGGAGAAGGUAGAGAGCACAGCAGAAGGCGAAGCCCAGCGUUACUUUGACCACGCUCUGACCCUGAAAAACACCAUCCUCUUCCUGCGCUACAACAAAGAACUUACUCAGGACCAGGGACAUGACAUCCCAAAUAUAGGUUUCCCCUUGGACAUGUUGCGGUGUGAAAGCUUGCUGGGCCUGGACCAGGCAACCUGCAGCCGUGUCCUCAACAAAAACUACAAGCUGCUGGUGUCGAUGGCGCCGCUCAGCAAUGAGAUCAGACCCAUCAGCAGCUGCACGCCACAGCACAUUGGCCCAGCCAUCCCCGAGGUGAGCUCCAUCUGGUUCAAGCUGUACUUGUACCACGUGACCAGCCAAGGCCCGCCGUCUCUGCUCCUCUCCAAAGGCUCCAGACUCCGUAAACUGCCAGACACAUUCCAGGCCUACGAAAGGUUGCUGAUCACUUCCUGGGGUCAUGACCCCGGAGUCGUCCCUGCAUCUAAUGUGCUUACCAUGCUCAACGAUGCGCUCACACACUCUGCUGUCCUCAUCCAGGGUCAUGGUGUGCAUGGCCAUGGAGAGACAGUCCACAUUCCUUUUCCCUUCGAUGAGGAGGAUCUGAAGGGAGAUUUCUCUUAUUCCAACAUGUGCGUGCACAAAUCGCUGCAGAAGCUGAAGGAACAUGUGGACCUGGAGCACCAGUGCGGCUACAUCACCAUGCUCAAUUCCAACAAUAAGCACCGGCGAAGGGCCAGUGACAGUACUGAGUGCAGAGGAGACACUCAUCUGGGCGGAGGCCUGGACACUAAUGGCAGCACUGAGUCUUUUGAACUUGUGACAGAGGAGAACAACGGGGAAGGCAAAGGAAAAACAGACGCCCUCUUCUCUGAAGACGAGUGGGUCCCUCUUGAGCUGUGCUUCGGCAUGCCUCUCUUUAGCUCCGAGCUCAACCGCAAAGUGUGUCGGAAAAUCGCCUCGCACAAACUCUGCAGCAAUGAAAGCCUUCAAGAACUACUUCACUCGAGCCGAAAACUAUCGCUGAAGGUGUUGAGCUUUGUUCAGUCAUUCCAGGACGGCCUCCUGCCCGCUGAUAUGGACAGCGGCGUGUCGAACCCUCUCAGUCAGCCCCCGGCCGAAGCUGGCGUCCCCCUGCCCGCCCUAAAUCUCCUCUUCAAGGACGGACUCCUGAAGGAGUGGAGCGGGCGGGCACCACCCGCUCUGGACAUCUCGUCUCUGCAGAAGGACCAGCCCACAUAGAGCGGCUCCCGCGGGCGAACCUGCCGGAUGUGGUCGCGAGAGGGAAUCUCCUUCAAAAUGGACCGCCCCGUUUUCAGCGUCACAUUUCUCACUGAGGAAAAUCAAGGUCCGACUCUGCAUUUUCAUACACGAUCACAAGGAAAACACUUGUUUGUAAACUCCGUCCUUCUGUCCUCCAGUAUCCCGUCAUGGGAAAUGAGUUUUGCCAGCACUUUGUCAUUUACCACCUGUAUGAGGAAUCAUUCUCACCAACACUAGUUACAAGUCCCCGUCUCCCUCUGUGACUCCUCAUGUUCGUAGGCAGUGUUAUGUGUUGGAGUGGUGCUAUUAUCACAGUCUAUAACAGUGAUGCAAGUAAACGGCAUAAGACCUGGAGGACCAUGCAACUGGAAACACAAAUACUGUUCUCCACUGACCCCCCUCCACACACACCUCCCAUCCUUUAAUCAUGGAUGUUUUGUGAUCUUUGAGAGCCCAGUGUAAAGUGGUAUUGUAUAGAUGUUCUAAAACUGACCCACAUAAUAAACAAAGUGUUUGACUGACUUCUUCAGGAAUCAUUUGACAAUAUGCACAUUUAAGAUCCAAGUCUUGGGACUUGACCGACGACAGUGAAAGUCUUCAGUCAGACUCCCCUGCUGCCACCGUGUUGUCUCAUGUUUAGUGAUCUGAUGCAUGACACUGUUGCACAACUUGUACCGUUUAAAAAAACAAAAACAAAAAACAUACUCUCUUAAUAUGUAAUCAAAAAUGGGCAUUUUUUUAAUUUGCACUGUGCAGUAUUUCACCAAACCUGUGGAUGAAGUGAUGUAAUUUAUUUUCCUUUUUUUUGAAUGUUGGAUCCCCUGUAGUAGCGCACAUGAUUUUAGAGGACGUGUUUCAGGUCAGAGCAGAUCAAUUUAAAAUGUUUAUUUUAUGCUUUAUCUUUUUUUCUCAGUGCAAGAAAACACCAAAGACCAUUCUUUUCCCCGUUAAAAAAUAGCUUUUUUUCUUCUGUUCCUUUUUUGUUGCCUUAUUACAAGCGGCCAAUCAAAAAACCACAAGGUCUUCAAUCAAAUCGUCUGAUUUAAUUUCUUUGUUUUUGAACAUAAUAUUUGUUCAAAUUAUUAAUGUGCGUUGAGUCUGUGAAGCCAGUAUUGGGUCACAAACUCAGCUGGAGAAUUUGACAAGGAUGACAUAGUGUAUCAGUCUGGUUUGUGUGCUUGAACCAGGCCUGUUGCUUGCUAGUAGCUCUCCCUGGAUGCUCUCUGGUUUGUGUGCAGUGCAGUGCACAACACUCUUCUUGUCCAACCCACCACUCUCUCCAAGGGAUUCUAUGUACACCAUGUUAGUGAAAAAUGGGCUUUUUACUUGAGAGAGGAGGAGGAGGCAACUUCACUGCAAAGGCUUGCACAGACCCGAGGGAUGGAAAUGCAAAUGCUUUGCCCAGCUUCUCGGAGAUGUGAUGGCCCCGAAAUCUGUCUGAAGUCUGUCAGGAAUUGUCAGUGGUGCUUCAAAAAGUACCGAGUACAUUUUAAUUCAGAGUGGUGGUAGGGCCUAUUUUGCUGAGUUUUUAUUUUUAUUUUCAUUUUAAGAAUCUGCCCUGUGCAGUUGUUGACCCACUUGUGGUUGUCGUUUCUAAUAAUGUGUUUCUGAAAUAGAGAAGAGAAAAAAAAAAGAGACUAAACAUGAGGUCCUGUUGAAGCAUGAUGACUGUGUAGAAACUGUUGAGUGUGCGUGUUGUGUAUGCGCGCGUAUUGUGCACCUCACUCUUGGUGUGUCUUCAUACACGUCUACCUUUUACAAUUCAAGCCCCCCUCUCCCCUCCCUCCCAAUCCUGCCUGGUUGUUACUUGGUUGCAGUUAUUUGGUCAGUCCAAAUAUCUCCCAUGUUCUCCCAGGUAGACUCCCACCAGAGUAUUAAAAAAAAAAGAAAUGCUAGUUUUAUAUGUUAGUCUAUAUUUUAGGAGAUCUUAGUUGUAGCUUGUUUAAUGGGAAAAUGAAUAUCACUAAGUUAAUGAUAAUCCUCUUGUAAUUAAAUGGUUUAAAAAAAGAAAAGAAAGAAAGUGACAUUCCGUCAACAUAACCCUCCUCUUCCAUUGUUGCGCCAUCACCUCUCUGUUCCGCAUUCAUGUUAUUAUUAUUAUUAUUAUUGUUAUCACAACAACAAAUAAAUAUGUAAAAAGUAUAUGAAAAAUAUAAAUAAAUAUGUAAUAAAAACAAACUCUUUUUUCCUCCAUGAAA